GGUGUCAGACCAGACAAAAUUAGGCCUACCAGCGAUCUGCCAAUCGCUAUUAUAUAAGGGUAUUGAUAGACUGGGUCGUCAUCAUUUGUCAAAACUCUUCCAACAAAUUUAGGUCGCAAGAAAAACGCUCUCGAAUUAUGUGUAGAACUGCCUCGACCUCCAUGAACAUCCAGCUACCAACCCUCAUAUAUGUAGUUAUACACUUUAUAUACGUCAUCGAAGCGUUGCCUUUUACACCGUCGGGAACUGAUACAACGUUAGGAGAAAAUCACAAUACGUUCUCUGUCGAUGAUGUCGUGGUACCAAUCCAGUUACGGAAAAGCUACGACAAUUUGAAAGCAAUCGAAGAUAUGAAAAGAAGAAAGAGAUCGGUUCCUUAUUCGAAAUAUAUGAUUGCGAAAACCAUUCAUAAAAAUCCAGACAUUGUAGGCCAUACUGAAUACAUAUCGUCCGAUAAAAUGGCAUUUACCUUCGAUGUUGCCGCUCGAAUUCCCGUGGGUAGUGAGGUGAUGUUGGCAGAAUUCAAGAUUUACAAGGAGCGGCCGAACGAAUCGCGUCAUCGAAUGUUAAAUGUAAAUGCGAGUGCACAUCAUAACGUGUUUGAAUCAAUUGUCAAUGUCCAACAAGUCCUAUAUGAGAACAAUCUCAGUAAUCUUACAGAUACUGAUGUUGUUACAGUUAGUUCUCGUGUUCUACCGUUGGCUACCGAUGGCUGGAAGAUCUUCGAUGUUACAAAGACAGUUCAGUACUGGGUGAAUAACCCAGAUGUAAACUAUGGUCUGCAAUUAGAAAUUUCACCGACAAAUCCUACCGAACACGCCCGACGUGUUGCUGAGAAAACCCGAUUUGGUCCCCAGGAUUCUUCGGACACUGUCAUGGGUUUUCCAAUUCUCGUCGUGUACACAAUCAAGAGAGCUCCAAAGAAUGAAGAAGAGUCUUCAGAUUGCGCCGACGGUUCAGAGGCGACCACCUGUUGCCGCCGACCGAAAUUCAUCAACUUUCGAGGUACAGAAUGGUCUGAUCGUUGGAUAAUCGAGCCACAGGGAUACGAUGCCUACGAAUGUGUCGGGCCUUGUACCAAUAGGGGUCAUGUGCGUACUGGGCGGGAUCUUCUAGAUCUCCUCCAGAGGCCCAGGACGGUGUCGUGUAAAGCGUCAAAGACAUCCCCUCUACCGAUGAUGUACCUCGUGAACAGAGAUGGUGUAACUGAAAUAGUUGUCGAAAGUAUUCCUAAUAUGAUUAUUGAGGAAUGUAAUUGUACGAUAUGAAUAAUCAAUAAUAAUAAUAAAAUUAUUAUUAAUAUUAUUAUUACUAUUUAUUAUUAAUAUUAAUUAAUAGUAAUUAAUAAAUAUUAUUAUUACAAUAAGUUUAUAAUAAUUGUAUAUAGAGAUAUUUUGAUUUCUUUUAUUUUAUUGAAGCUUAUACUGUAUUGAAAAUAUUUCUUGAUACGGCGUUUAUAAGUGCGAAAGAGAUUUAACAAUUUAAACAAUAAAACAACUUGUGGACAAUUCUGUAUAGGACCUGCAUAAGUUUAAACGGUAAAAAUGAGAAAGUUAGCGAGCGUCAUCAUUUACGUUUCACGUCU